UGAGCAUGCGCUUACAUUUUUUAAAACAUGUUGAUAUGCGUAUCACAUGCACCGUGAUACGUAUCACGCACCUACGUGAUAUUAGUGAUCGUAUGAAACAGUUACGUGAAAAUUGCGAAGAAUUAAAGAAACUUCAAGAAAAUUAAAGAAGGAAAAGGCGAUAAUUUCAUUAAUCUACAUGGUUCGCGAUGGUGCGAAUUUGUUUUUUGUGCAAGAAGAAAGCAACGAAAAAUGCAAAUUUUACAAUACACAAAUUUCCAAAAAAGAAGUGAGCAUUCGAGCACAAUGGUUGCAUGCCUGCAAAUUAUCUGAUAAGGACAAUGUGACGCAUGUAUACAUAUGCUCUGAUCAUUUUAUACAGAGUGACUAUAGACAUAGUACGGAUCUGCUGUGCCAAAAGAAAUGGUUAUUGAAACCAGAAGCAGUCCCUUCCGUUGGUGUUCUAAAUCGUCCAGCUACCAAACUGCAGUUCCAGUCAACAUUCAAGAAUGUUAUUCAAGAGAAACGAUCAUUGCCUUCGAUUGAUGCUCUUCCAACUUUCACAGCAGUUACUUCUAAUGUCAGGGAAUCAGAGUUUGCAUCAACAUUUAAGGAUGUUAUUCAAGAGAAACGUCAUGACAACGAACAGCAAAAGCUGUAUGCUACUCCGAAGAAACGGAGAUUUGCAGAGCCUCGGUACAUAUCCGAAAUUACAACUUCCGAUUUUUCAUCACCUAAGAGAGCACGAAGAGUUAUUAAUAUGGUGAACAAAACCUAUAAAGAGAAAUGUAAUUUGAUCCAUAAUCUGCAGAAAAAAAAUCAAGCGCUGUGUAAACGCAUUACUACUUUAGAGAAAUUGGUAACGCAUUUGCGUAAAGAAGUAUUAAUGUCAGAAGAAGAUGCAGACACUUUAAUGGUACAGUAUCAAAAUAUUAUUAAAAUAUUAUUCUAUCAAAAUAUUAUUAAAUGGUUGAAUUUAUUUGGAUUUAUUUCAUGAUUAGCCACAGAGACAAGCUACAUCGUGCUAGAAUAAUUAAAUAAAAUAGAAUAAACAGACUCUGAUUAUUUUAUAUUAGUAUUUCAUGCACAAAAUCUUAAAAGGAUUGUUUAUAAUGAUGUUAAUGUAAUUGAAAUUAUAAAUAUUAUAAAUA